AAUUUAUUUAUAUUUCAGAAUGCGUGGUUGUGAUCCUCUUUGUAAUUUGAAUAGACCUUUCCAUUUAAUUGCUCAAAAUUUAAUUAAUAAUUCCUCCUCUUCAUUUUCACUUUUAAAAUUUGAUCACCCAUUUUCUUAUUAUUUUGGUUCUCCUCUUUUUGUUGGGUCUAAUUUGUUUGGAGUUGUUACUGAUAGAGAUGACAUUUCAUCCAAAAAUAUCGACAAAAAUCAAAAUUCAAAAAAUUUUCAAAUUUAUGUCCGAACAAUUAUUCUUUGGUAUUUUAGUAGAGCUGACACAAAACAAAAUAUUAAGCAACUGAGGAAUGUUACUCUAAAUUUAUUUGAAGAAUCUCAGAGGGGAAAAAGAUUUAAAUAUGUUCAAUUUCAAAUAUUUGGGGAUGAAAUUGCUAACAGGGAAAUGAUACGUGGAGCUAUUCAGGCAACAAUUUUAAUGUCGAUUGGCCUUUUACUUUUAUUAAUUUUUGUUUCUUUUGUUGUUUAUCAAAAAAUGAGUAAUUUAGUCAAAAUACCCGCAAUUGGAUUAAUUGUUUUAAUUUCUAUAUUGUGUCCAUUACUUUCAACUGUUGCUGCUUUUGGAUUUUCUACUUGGCUUGGAAAUAGAAUUUAUACCUUAAUGUGCGUAACACCAUUUUUGAUAGCUGGUGUUGGUGUGGAUGACGCAUUUAUAAUGUUACAAUCGUGGCAGCAACACAGAGACAUUAAAUGCUUAAAACAAAGGCUUUCAAAAGUUUUAGUCCAUAUCGGCCCAUCAAUAACAAUAACUUCAUUAACAAACACAACAGCUUUUGGAAUUGGCUAUUUUACCCCUGCCCCAACAAUGAGUUUAUUUUGUUUGUGUACUUCUUUUGGUGUUUUGGUUGAUUAUAUUCUUACAUUUACGUUGUUAGCCCCAGUUUUGGUUCUUCUCUCUACUCAUUUUCCAACUACAAAACAAACUUCAACUUUAUUACCCCCUCAACAACCAGAAAAUAAUGAAAAACCUUUAAUUGCAUUAAUUCCUCAACAACUUCCCUUAAAUCCUCAAACUUGUUCAAAAGCCUUUCAAUACGCAAAAUUUAUUCAUUCAACUAGAGGACGUUUUUCUGCUUUUUUAUUGGCUAUAAUUCUGUAUAUUGUUGGAACGAGUGGAGUUUUGAGGUUUAAAUCAACCUUUGAGCCUUCAAAAGCAUUUCCUUCUGACUCACCUUUGGCGCAUUCUUUGGAUUCUGUGGGGGAUGUAUUUGAUGAAUUUUUCCCGCUUUGUAUUUUGGUUAAUCGACCGCCUAAUUUGACUGAUCCGGAAGAGUAUUCUUCAUUCAAUAAAAUGGUUGCCGAAUUGGAAGGAUUACCAGAAAGUUGGGGUCCAAACAGAACACUUCUCUUCCUUCGACCUUAUGAAGAAUUUGACAAGAAAAACACUCAUUUUUGGCAGUCAUUAGGCCUCGGACCUAAAGGAAAAUAUAAAUUUGGUUUGGACAAUCUUCCUUUUUUUAUGAAUUCUAUUGGAAAUCCGCCGACUGUGAAAUAUGAGAAAAAUGGAAACGGCAGCAUCCAACUAAAAUCUUUUCAAUUUUCCAUUGUAAACAAGGGAAUGACUGAAUGGUGGAAUCGUGCUGUUAUGGAAGAAAAAGUUAGAAUAAUACUUGAAAAAUAUGAAAAGAAUUUUAAUGCUUCGAUGUAUGAUGCUGACUCUCCAGUUUUAAACAUGUUAUUAACCGUUAAAAUCGAUUUGAUUGGCUCUAUUGCCGUAACUGUUGUUUGUAUGGUGUUGAUUUGCUCUCUAUUUAUCGCCCACCCUGCUGGUGUUUGUGUUAUCGGGAUUUGUAUAAGCUCGAUUUGUUUUACGCUUGUUGGAACUCUAAGUUGGUGUGGGGCAGAUUUGGAUCCGAUUACAAUGGUGGAUGUACUUUUGGCUACUGGUUUUAGUGUGGAUUAUACGGCCCACAUUGCUCAUCAAUACUACACAAAACAGGGAUCAAGUAUAGAAAGGAUAGCACAAAGUUUGGAAGAAAUGUGCCCUCCAAUGUUACAAGCAGGAAUUUCCACUGCUCUUUGCAUGGUUCCUCUUGUCUUUCUUCCAACCUAUGCCAUUGUGGCCUUUGCUAAAACGAUUUUUGUUGUUGUUUCUAUAGGUUUGUUACAUGGACUAUUUUUCCUCCCAGUUAUGCUCUGUGCUCUACCCGAAUCAAAAACGGAAAAAACGAUUAAAUUGAGAAAUUCAACUAAAAUGUCUCCAAAAUCAUCAAAAAUGUUGUUUAAUUCAAAAGAACCAAAUACUAAUAAUGGAAUUUUAAUUGUUGGUGAAAGAGAAGAAAUAUAGAAGGGAAAGAAGUAAAAAAUAUUUUUGACGAGAUUACCGGUGAAAAAAAAUUUUUUAGGAAAGUUCAAAGUAAAAUAUAAAUAGAUUAGGGAUGUCACGGGUUGAUAACCGGAACUUUUUUUUUGUGACCCAGACCCCGAUAUGACGAAAAUUUCGAA